UCUCUACUCCCUCUCUUUCGUCCAGUAAGAGCAAAUCAACGGUGGAUUCCGCAAAACCUUCCUCCAUCCGAACUUUCCAACCCCUUCUCCUCUUCUCGCUGACAAGGUCGCUGUCUUCCUUUUCUUCUCUCCGUCCGCAGAAGGAAGAAAACGCGAUUUGAAGCGUUUGAGAUCGCGAAUACAGGGAAAGAUCGUGUAUAUCUUUUGGAGCUGGAGACUUGGAAGCAAAGAUAAAAAGGCGAGCGACCGUCUCCUUCCCUGCGCCAGAAAAACGGAGCUUUUGAAAACGUACUCGGGCGGAGCUUUCUAAAAUGCGCCACAUGUAUCUUAGAAAGAGCAGCUUCAAGCGUCUUUUCUCUAUCUCCAUUGGCCGGCGCAGUUUAGAUGAAGAAAGACCGAAGGAUGAUGUCUCUGUUGUGCAUGAAAGCAUCAAAGGCAUGGAGAUUUUGGCAGUUGCUGAGCAAUUUCAAAAGCCCAAAUGGAAAUGCUUCUCCUAUCAAGAGAUCCUUGAAGCAACCAACGGAUUUCAUGCAGAUAAUCUGGUGGGAAGAGGUGGGUAUGCAGAGGUUUACAAAGGAGUCCUGGUCGACGGUCAGGUAAUUGCCGUGAAGCGGCUUACAAGAGCUUCAACGGACGAGCAGAGAGAGAAAGAGUUCUUAACAGAGCUUGGGACGGUCGGGCAUGUCUGUCAUCCAAACGUCUCAUCGCUGUUAGGCUGCUGUAUCGACAAUGGCCUACAUCUGAUCUUUGAAUUCUCCCUGCACGGCUCUGUUUCUUCUCUUCUCCAUGAUGAGAAUUCCCCACCAAUGGAUUGGAAAACACGAUACAAGAUUGCCGUCGGGACGGCCCGUGGACUCCAAUACUUACACAAGGGGUGCCAGAGGCGGAUCAUCCACAGAGACAUCAAGGCAUCUAAUAUCCUCUUAACGGCGGAUUUCGAACCUCAGAUAUCAGAUUUCGGACUGGCGAAAUGGCUUCCAUCUCAAUGGACUCAUCAUUCUGUCAUGCCGAUCGAAGGCACAUUCGGGUACUUGGCCCCGGAGUACUUCACGCACGGGAUCGUCGAUGAGAAGACGGACAUCUUCGCUUUCGGAGUCUUUCUCUUGGAGAUCAUCUCCGGCCGGAAACCGGUCGAUGGUUCCCACCAGAGCUUACUUAGCUGGACCAAGCCGCUUUUAAACGAGGGGAGCACAGAAAUGCUGGUGGAUCGCAGGCUUGGAGGUGACUACGAUCUCCAACAACUCAAGAGGCUGGCCUUCACGGCAUCUCUCUGCACACGAGCAUCUGCCACGUGGCGGCCAUCCAUGAGCGAGGUACUGGAGCUUUUAGUGGAUGGAGAGUUGAUACACGAGUCGUGGAAAAUACCAGAGCAGGAAGAAGAAGAAAAUGAAUUCUGGGGAUUUGAGGAUUUGGAAUGCGACAGCCCCUUCUCAACCUCACCUCUCAAUUCAACGGCCAGCUCCUAAUACACGUGCGAGAGAUAUGCAAACAACAAUUCAUAUAACAUCAUGCAUGGGCCUCAAUCCAAACCGUAGAAAAACUGCCCCAUUGAAAAAACAUGCUGAAUCAAAACCAGGCCCACCACUUGGACGGUUUGGAUAGCGUGUAUAUACUGCUGUGGAUAGAUGGAUGUGUAUGGAUGAUCCAACUCUAGCAUUGUUUUGGUAUUUUUCUUAUGUAUGUAUAUAUAAGAGAAUGGGAUUGUUAUACCAACCCCACAGCGUAUGUUAUUAGUGUAGAAGUCAAAGGUCCUGACCCUAACACAGUACUCUCGUGCAUGUACAGUUGGACCGUCUAAUAUAUUUUUCCACAAAAGCAUAGGCUGUUGUUGGCCAAAUUUUAGAUAUUUCUCAAUA